CGCGGCGGCCCCUCGCAGCAGCUGGCCGGCGGGCCCCCCCAGCAGUUCGCGCUCUCCAACUCGGCGGCCAUCCGGGCCGAGAUCCAGCGCUUCGAGUCCGUGCAUCCCAAUAUCUACGCCAUCUACGACCUGAUCGAGCGCAUCGAGGACUUGGCGCUGCAGAACCAGAUCCGGGAGCACGUCAUCUCCAUCGAGGACUCCUUUGUGAACAGCCAGGAGUGGACCCUGAGCCGCUCGGUGCCAGAGCUUAAAGUGGGCAUUGUGGGGAACCUGUCCAGUGGGAAGUCGGCCCUGGUGCACCGCUACCUGACGGGGACCUAUGUCCAGGAGGAGUCCCCCGAAGGGGGUCGGUUUAAGAAGGAGAUUGUGGUGGAUGGCCAGAGUUACCUGCUGCUGAUCCGAGAUGAAGGAGGCCCCCCUGAGCUGCAGUUCGCUGCCUGGGUGGACGCGGUGGUGUUUGUGUUCAGCCUGGAGGAUGAAAUCAGCUUCCAGACGGUGUACAACUACUUCCUGCGGCUUUGCAGCUUCCGCAACGCCAGCGAGGUGCCCAUGGUGCUGGUGGGCACGCAGGACGCCAUCAGUGCCGCAAACCCCCGGGUCAUCGACGACAGCAGGGCCCGCAAACUGUCCACCGACCUGAAGCGCUGCACGUACUACGAGACGUGUGCGACCUACGGGCUCAACGUGGAGCGCGUCUUCCAGGACGUGGCCCAGAAGGUAGUGGCCUUGCGGAAGAAGCAGCAGCUGGCCAUCGGGCCCUGCAAGUCACUGCCCAACUCCCCCAGCCACUCAGCAGUGUCCGCCGCCUCCAUCCCGGCCGUGCACAUCAACCAGGCCACGAAUGGCGGCAGCAGCGCCUUCAGCGACUACUCGUCCUCAGUCCCCUCCACCCCCAGCAUCAGCCAGCGGGAGCUGCGCAUCGAGACCAUCGCUGCCUCCUCCACCCCCACACCCAUCCGCAAGCAGUCCAAGCGGCGUUCCAACAUCUUCACGUCUCGAAAGGGUGCUGACUUGGACCGGGAGAAAAAGGCCGCCGAGUGCAAGGUGGACAGUAUCGGGAGUGGCCGGGCCAUCCCCAUUAAACAGGGCAUCCUGCUCAAGCGGAGUGGCAAGUCCCUGAACAAGGAGUGGAAGAAGAAGUAUGUGACCCUCUGCGACAAUGGGCUGCUCACCUACCACCCCAGCCUGCACGACUACAUGCAGAACGUCCACGGCAAGGAGAUCGAUCUGCUGCGGACGACAGUGAAGGUGCCAGGCAAGCGCCUGCCCCGCGCCACGCCCACCACAGCCCCGGGCACCAGCCCCCGGGCCAACGGGCUGGCCUUGGAGCGGAGUAACACCCAGCUGGGUGGGGGCACAGGUGCCCCCCACUCGGCCAGCAACCCAGCCUGGGCUGGCCAGCGCUCCUGCUCCGUCUCCAGUGCCGACCAGUGGAGUGAGGCCUCUGCCCUGUCCCCAGCCAGUGGCCCGGCUGAGGUGCUCAGUUCCAGCCCCAAGCUGGAGCCUCCCCCAUCUCCCCACUCCAACCGGAAGAAGCACCGGAGGAAAAAGAGCACCGGGACCCCCCGACCAGAUGGCCCCAGCAGUGCUGCCGAAGAGGCAGAGGAGUCGUUUGAAUUUGUGGUGGUGUCCCUCACCGGGCAGACGUGGCACUUCGAGGCUUCGACGGCGGAGGAGCGGGAGCUGUGGGUACAGAGCGUGCAGGCCCAGAUCCUCGCCAGCCUGCAGGGCUGCCGCAGUGCCAAGGACAAGACUCGACUGGGGAACCAAAAUACAGCGCUGGCCGUGCAGGCCGUCCGCACCGUUCGUGGCAACAGCUUCUGCAUCGACUGUGACGCCCCCAAUCCAGACUGGGCCAGCCUGAACCUGGGCGCCCUCAUGUGCAUCGAAUGUUCGGGGACCCACCGCCAUCUGGGGGCUCACCUGUCCCGGGUCCGUUCCCUUGACCUCGAUGACUGGCCGCCUGAGCUGCUGGCUGUCAUGACAGCGAUGGGCAAUGCCCUGGCCAACAGUGUCUGGGAGGGGGCCCUGGACGGCUACGCGAAGCCAGGCCCGGAUGCCUGCAGGGAGGAGAAGGAGCGCUGGAUACGGGCCAAGUACGAGCAGAAGCUCUUCCUGGCGCCGCUGCCCAGCUCGGACGUGCCGCUGGGGCAGCAGCUGCUGCGGGCCGUGGUGGAGGACGACCUGCGGCUGCUGGUGAUGCUCCUGGCGCACGGGUCCAAGGAGGAGGUGAACGAGACCUACGGGGAUGGGGACGGGCGGACGGCCCUGCACCUCUCCAGCGCCAUGGCCAACGUGGUCUUCACACAGCUGCUCAUCUGGUACGGGGUGGACGUGAGGAGCCGGGACGCCCGGGGCCUGACUCCCCUGGCCUAUGCUCGCCGGGCCGGCAGCCAGGAGUGCGCAGACAUCUUGAUCCAGCACGGCUGCCCUGGGGAGGGCUGUGGUUUAGCACCCACCCCCAGCAGAGAGCCCGCCAACGGCAGCACCGCCUCUGCUGAGCUGCACCGAAGCCCUAGCCUCCUGUGA